AUGCCGGGUGUUGUUGACCUAGGUGCUGCGGCACGCCCAAACCUGGGGUUCAGCGUCGGCCAUCAGAAGGUUGAACUGGAGAUUGACUUCGCUACGAAAAGCCUGAAGGGAAAAACCGAAAUCACGAUUCACCCUCGCCGCAAAGACCUUACAACCAUCUGGUUGAAUUUUCGACAAGGAGACAUUAGGCGCGUCAGCGUUAACGGGAAAUCUGCGGCCGCCAGAUAUGCCGAUCCCUAUGAAUCGCUCCAACUAUUCGGUGCUCAAUACCAUGAGCGUCUGACACAACAUAUCGAUGGACUCCUACAAACACCCCCCACGCCUACCCUUCCGAUCACGGUCCCCAAGAAUGUUCGCAUUGAAGAAUUAGAUCCGUCUUCCGCAGAGGCCCAGGACCAAAUUGCGCUCCAAUCUACUGGCGACGAUGUCGACGGGGCUUCCGGUGGCCGGGCGCCAGAAGCGAAUCUUCCGCGUUUCACGUCCUUGACGGUGAACAUUGAGUUCGUCAUAAGUAAGAUCAGAGAUGGUCUACAGUUUGUCGGCGUUGAGAACGGUGACCGAAGGUAUCCUCAUGCCUACACAACCAACUCCUUGGAGUCUGGUAUUGGUUGUCCAUUGUUUCCAUGCGUAGAUGAUACGGCUUCGCGGCAUACCUGGGAAAUCUCAAUCACAUGCCCGAGCUCGCUUGGAGACGUGUUCGACCGGAAGUCCAAAGACCCUUCUGGCUCAACAUCGAGCCGUCCGAAGGCUCCAAGUCGUCAACUCUCCGCUGAUGACGAGGGGCUCGAUAUGUCAGUGGUGUGCUCUGGUGACUUGACGGAUGACAUCGUGGACCCUAAAGAUCCUACAAGGAAGACAGUCUCAUUCGCCUCGUACUCCCCCCUGGGUGCUCUGCAGCUAGGCUUUGCAAUUGGUCCGUUCGAAUAUGUCAACCUUGCCGAUUUCCGUGAAAGCGAUCAAGAUGAACAACUUGGCCAGAAUGCAAUUCCCCUGCAUGCUUUCUGUUUGCCUGGCAGAGCAGACGAGGUCCAAAACACAAGCUUUCCCAUGGCUCAGGCCAUUGACUUCUUCUCGCUGUCGUACGGAUCCUAUCCAUUCGGCAGUUACAAAAUUUGUUUCGUCGACGAUCUGUCCACGGAAGCCCUUCCUACUGCGUGUAUGUCUAUAUGCAGCAGCCACCUACUAUUUCCAGCUGAGAUGAUCGAUCCCAUGUAUGAUGCAACCCGGUCCUUAGUGCAUGGUCUUGCAUGUCAAUGGACGGGAAUUAACAUUAUUCCUCACGAACCUGCGGACACGUGGGUCACCGUCGGCGUGGCAUGGUACAUCACAGAUACGUUCAUGAGAAAGCUCUGCGGAAACAAUGAAUACCGUUUUCGGCUUAAACAGAUGUCUGACCAAGUAUGUGACUUGGAUUACGAACGUCCUUCAAUAUAUGACAUGGGAAACAUCCUUAAAGUCGAUCCCUCCGAGUAUCGAUUUGUGGCACUCAAGGCACCCCUAGUGCUGUUCAUCUUGGACCGUCGCCUGACGAAGGCAAGUGGCAAAGCCACGAUGUCUCGCAUCAUCUCUCGCUUGUUCCUCAAUUCUCGGAUGGGUGAUAUCCCCAACGGUGCUGUCACAUCGUCUCUGUUCCAGAAGACUUGUGAACGACUCGGGCACGCCAAGUUGGAUGUUUUCUUCCAACAGUGGGUGUAUGGUGCGGGAUGUCCACGUUUCCAGGCUACCCAACGAUUUAACAAGAAAAAGCUCGUUGUCGAAAUGAUGAUCAGACAGGUCCAAGCCGAACCCCAAGCUCCUCGGGAUCUGGCAAAGGACGCAUUUCUGCGGGAUGUGAAGGAGGAGGUUCGGCACGUCUACGCUGGUGCAGUUCAGCCGGUUUUCACCGGCUCAAUGACCCUUCGCAUUCACGAAGCAGACGGAACCCCUUAUGAGCACAUUGUCGAAAUCAAAGAGGGCACAACAAAAUUCGACAUCCCAUACAACACCAAGUACAAGAGGCUGAAGCGUAACAAGAAACAGAGAGAAAGAGCUGUUGCUUCCGGUGACGCUGAAGUACAAGAGGAAGUCCUACUCUACUGUCUUGGCGAUGUUUUACAGACCGAGGAAGAAACACAGGCUUGGCGUUUGGCCGACUGGACCAAGGAGGAUGAGGAGCGCAUGGGACAAGAGUCUUACGAAUGGAUUCGAAUGGAUGCAGACUUCGAAUGGGUUUGCAAACUGUCCCUCGGAAUGCCAGGUUACAUGUAUCUCUCGCAGCUUCAACAGGACCGAGAUGUUGUAGCACAACUCGAGUCGUUGCAAUAUAUGGCCGCUCAGCGAGAACAUCCUUUGAUCUCAACCAUUUUCGUCCGCACGCUCAUGGACAGCCGCUACUUCCAUGGUAUACGUACCACAGCUGCACGCGCCUUGGUCAAGCAUGCCAAGGACGAAGUCGACUGGGUUGGGCUGCAUCAUCUUGAAACAGCAUUCCAAGAGCUCUUUUGUCUCCCAGGGUCACCGAUGACUCGUUCGAACGAUUUCUCUGAUCGGGCUGCAUACAUUCUGCAGCAAGUAAUUCCCGACGCCAUCUCCAAAGUUCGUGAUAAUAGUGGCAAAACCCCGCUCAGAGUCAAACGCUUCUUGUUCGACAAGCUGAAAUUCAAUGACAACUCUAACAAUGAGUAUUCUGACAAUUUCUACGUUGCAUCGUUGAUGAAAUCCCUCUGCCAUGCCAUGCUUGGUAGGACUGAAGCGAGGGCAGAGGAGGAGCUGGACCACUUUGACAUGGAGCGCGUCCUUCAGGCACAAGCCGAAGAGCAACUCGACAAAGACGCCAUCGCAGAGUUCGAUCGUUAUCGACGGAUGGAUGAAUGGUCAAGCUCAUUCCAAAAUCUGUAUUCAAGAGCUGCACUUCAUUGCCAGGCGCAAUUGAUGCAAGCAAAGAUGCUGGAUGUCGAUUUAAUGCGAUUCAUCCCAUAUACACGAGCAGGGACUUAUGACCUUCUCCGGAUGCAGGCAUUCCAAUGUUUGGUCGAUCUUGAUAUCUCACAGCACUCUGAACUCCUUCGCUGGCUGAUGUUUACCUUGUCGGCGGAUUCCUCUGCUUGGAUUCGCCAUCAAGGAUUGUGUCUGUUCGGCCAAACACUGGCGCAAAUCGCCUUUGGGCGACCUCAGCAACAGGAAGCCUCGCUGAAUGAUGGUCUGAUUAUCGAACAAGAGUCCACCACAGAUAUCCGCAGGGAUGACAUUGCACGACGCAAGACCAUCCCAGGAGCUAUCGAAGCGCUGAAGCGAGAGCUUUCCGGCGAUGCAUCUUUCAAGGAAUACAUGUGGGCAGCGUGCAAUUCUCCCGUGAUGGGCUUGCUUGAGCUCUCAGAGCUCACUGAUCUCUGCCGCGUUCUAUAUGAUGUCAGUACGUCCAAGUUCGUACGCCUGAAACUACCACGAUACUGGAACGUUCAAAACAUGGGGCACGGCAAAUUACGUUUCUUCAGAUCCGCCAAAACACGCAUGGGUCCCACUACCAAGCGAAAGCGCGACGACCACGGCAUGCAGGCCCCCUCCUCAACUCGCAUUACCUUCAAGCAGUCCAAGACCAGCUCCAGUGCGAAUACCUCCGCCUCUACUCCCCUCCCCAAAAUCAGCAUCCCCCGGCCAUCCCCUGCAAUGGGCUCUACGCCCAAUACUCCCGCAACAGGCACACCUAAGCUCAAACUGAAGUUUGGUGGAAGACCUGCAUGA